AUUUUUUUGCCAAGAAAUCUUGGCAAGCACAGACACUAAAAGGGGAACAUCUGGCCAACAAAUGGCCAAUUUUGGAUUCAAGUAUCUUUUAAACACAAUUUUACACACUACCAACCCAUUUAUAACAUUUUUUGCUCAAAACAUGUCCACAGAGGCAGUUGCUAACAUCGUAGCCACAGCGGCAGUAGAAACAAACACACACACAGGUGAUAGCAAUGACACCAACGGGAUGGUGUGGUAUCUUGGUUACGGCGCAAAUAUGAGCAGCAAGGUCCUUUCGGGGCGGCGGCAGGUGUUCCCUGUUGAGUCGCAUCCGGUGGUAGUUCCUGGAUACCAGCUGACAUUCGACAUGGUCGGCCUGCCUUACUGGGAGCCGGGGUUUGGCACCAUACUCCCAGUGAACGACAGUAACGGCUCUGCUGAGGACAGUACACUUCUUGGGGAGACCCGCAUGUCUGACUGCCAGGCUGGAUCCCCUCUUCACUGCAUCGCCCAUCUGAUCACAAAAAAGGAGCUCGACCAUAUCGUCAACACAGAGGGCGGCAAUGGCAGCCGCGACUUUGGCUACCAGCUCAUCGAGAUUGCAUGCGAGACAUACGAUGGACGGGCCAUAUCGGGCAUUUCGCUCAUCGACGCCCACACAUCUGCAUGUGGAUACCACCCCUCGGCACGCUACCACAAGAUCAUUGUUGACGGCGCCGAGGAGCAUGGGCUUGAUGCCAAGUACAUUGAGCAGCUCAGGAUGAUCAAGCCGUACGUCGCUACCACCAUCGGCCAAAUAAUUGCCAAGCAUUUGACCCUUGUCAUUGGCGCACCGCUAAUUUUCCCUUUGGUGGCAUGCAUGUUUGCCAGCCUUGCGUUCAAGACCAAGGUACCGCAGGUUGUUUCUGUCUACGGCGAAUGGAGCAAGCGGCUCGUGUGGGUGCUGCACGACUGGGUUCUCGCGCCAGUGUUUGGCAAGGGCCACUAGGGCGGCAGCAAUAAACCCCGGCGGUGGGUAUCUGGCCUCUGUUCCGUUUUCUUGGCUGCUAAUCCAGCUCUUUUUUUAAUACAUUUUAAUACAUUUUUACC